AUGCGAGAAUGCAUUUCCAUCCACGUCGGCCAAGCUGGCUGCCAAAUCGGUAACGCCUGCUGGGAACUCUACUGCUUGGAACACGGCAUCGCCCCCGAUGGUCACCUCGCCGCUGCAAAUGACGAGGGACUCGAUGAUUCUUUCAACACCUUCUUCUCCGAAACCGGCUCUGGCAAACACGUUCCUCGAGCUGUCUUCGUUGACUUGGAACCAACUGUUGUCGAUGAAAUCCGCGGUGGAGUUUACAAAGAGCUCUUCCACCCAGAACAACUCAUCACCGGCAAAGAAGACGCUGCUAACAACUACGCUCGCGGCCACUACACCAUCGGCAAGGAAAUCAUCGAUGUCGUCACCGAUCGAAUCCGAAAACUCGCCGAUCAAUGCACCGGUCUUCAGGGAUUUCUGAUCUUCCACUCCUUCGGCGGAGGAACUGGGUCUGGCUUCACUUCUCUUCUCAUGGAACGACUCUCGGUUGAUUACGGAAAGAAGUCGAAAUUGGAAUUCGCUGUCUACCCCGCUCCUCAAGUAUCUACUGCUGUUGUUGAGCCCUACAACUCGAUUUUGACAACUCAUACGACUCUUGAACACUCCGACUGCGCUUUCAUGGUCGACAACGAGGCGAUUUACGAUAUUUGCCGACGAAACUUGGGCAUUGAGCGACCGACUUACACCAACUUGAAUCGACUCAUCGGUCAGAUCGUCAGCUCCAUCACCGCCUCCCUUCGAUUCGACGGUGCACUCAACGUGGACUUGACAGAAUUCCAGACCAAUCUGGUCCCUUAUCCUCGAAUUCACUUCCCUCUCGCGACUUAUGCCCCUGUUGUCUCUGCUGAGAAGGCCUACCACGAGCAAUUGAGUGUCUCCGAGAUCACUUACGCUUGCUUCGACCCAAUGAACCAAAUGGUCAAGUGCGAUCCACGACAUGGCAAGUACAUGGCUUGUUGCUUGCUUUACAGAGGAGAUGUUGUCCCCAAGGAUGUCAACGCGUCCAUCGCUCAAAUCAAGACCAAACGAUCCAUCCAGUUCGUCGACUGGUGUCCCACCGGCUUCAAAGUUGGAAUCAACUACCAGCCACCAACUGUUGUUCCUGGCGGCGAUCUUGCUCAGGUUCAACGCGCAGUUUGCAUGCUUUCGAAUACAACUGCUAUUGCUGAGGCCUGGGCUCGACUCGAUCACAAGUUCGAUCUGAUGUAUGCCAAGCGAGCUUUCGUCCACUGGUACGUCGGCGAAGGAAUGGAAGAAGGUGAAUUCUCCGAGGCUCGAGAAGAUUUGGCUGCUCUUGAGAAGGACUACGAAGAGGUCGGAAUCGACUCCCUCGACAAUGAAGACAACGAAGAUGAAUACUAA